AUGAGAGCUCCAAUAAUAACAAUAUGCCUACUGCUUCUGUGUAACCGACCAUCUCACGCCGGUUCCGCUCCUCCCGUUGGUCCCGUUGGCACUUUUAUUCAGACCAAUUUUGUAGGAUUUCCUCUCGUGCACGAUGCUCAGACAUGGAUAUUCGACCCGGAUGUGUCGAUACGAAGAAGAAAGGAGUUCAGAGAGCUAAACGGUGAUAAGGGAGAGAAACUAAUCGAGAGACUAGGGUUGGGGAUCGAUGGGUAUGGAGAUCAGAGGCUGAGACAGCAGAGGAUUCGUGAUGAAGGGCAUCUAGGGGGUUUAAACGCAUUACUGCCUUAG